AAGUUCCAAACACCUGAAAAAAAAAGGAAAAAAAAAAGAUAGAAAGAGAAAUUAAACAUCUUAUCCGAAAACACAAAAUAUGAAUCCUUUUUCUUCUGCUUUCUCGGACUCGUUCCUCUCAGUACCCGAUCAUAGGUCUCCGGUUUCAGACAGUAGUGAGUGUUCACCAAAGCUAGCUUCGAGUUGUCCUAAGAAACGAGCUGGGAGGAAGAAGUUUCGUGAGACGCGUCAUCCGAUUUACAGAGGAGUUCGUCAGAGGAACUCUGGCAAAUGGGUUUGUGAGGUUAGAGAGCCUAACAAGAAAUCUAGGAUUUGGUUAGGGACUUUUCCAACGGUUGAAAUGGCUGCUCGUGCUCACGACGUUGCUGCUUUGGCUCUCCGUGGUCGCUCUGCUUGUCUCAAUUUCGCUGAUUCUGCUUGGCGGCUUCGUAUCCCUGAGACUACUUGUCCUAAGGAGAUUCAGAAAGCGGCGGCUGAAGCUGCGAUGGCGUUUCAGAAUGAGAGUGUGACUGCGGAGGGAUCGCAAACUGCGGCGGAAACGGAGGCUGUGAGGGAAGGGGAGAGGAGAAUGGUAAUGGAGGAGCAGAGUAGUAGUGUGUUUUAUAUGGAUGAAGAGGAAGUUUUGGGGAUGCCCAACUUUUUUGAGAAUAUGGCUGAGGGGAUGCUUUUGCCCCCGCCGGAAGUUGGCUGGAACCUUAACGACGUUGACGGUGAUGCUGACAUGUCACUUUGGAACUUUAACGAUUGAAUUUUUUCAAAUAAAAAAAGUUGUUUCUCGAUGAUAAAUUGAUAAUAAGCUAGUUAGAGAUUAUUUGGACUUCUAGGAUUGGUCCGUAGUUACGUACCUGGAUUUUUUAUUGUUUGGUACCAAAAAUUUGGAGUCAUAAAUCGUAUAUCAUUAUUAUAUAUUAGUCAUUUAUUCUUUGAAAUGUUUUGUUUGUGUAACAGAUUUUGGUCAAACUAGGGAUAUCAAUUUUUUUUAACUUUGGGGUUUUGUACACCUCAAUUUAUGGAUAGAUUUCUCAUGUGUCAAGUUAGAAUCAUAAUGACUUUGACGUAUCAUCAUCACUUAGGAGUUUGAGAGUGUUUUGAUUGUAUUUGUUUUGGAUAUUUAUUUAGUUAGAGAUUGUUUGGACUUCUAAGAUUGGUCCGUAGUUCUGUACCAGUUUUUUUAUUCUUUUUUUUGGUGUACCAGAAGUUUAAGAAUCUGGUCGACGGAGGUGUGAGUUUGUUUGACAUGCACAUUGGUAGUAGAAACUAGAAAGAGAGCAAUUAAUAAUAUGCUUUUGGAUUCAUUUUUUGGGUGAGUCAGAGUGAAUAAACAUUGGAUUCAUUCGUAGCA